AACCCUUACCCGCUCAUUACCUGUUCUGUCCCAAACCAGUAUACACACCAACAGAGGGCUCAUCAACCAGCAGAUAGACGACGGCGAGUCGGCGACGACGACGACGUCGAAGGGCUUCUCGUCUGCGAUCAAUUUGGAGGACUUCUUAUACUCGAUCACUUCAACACAAACCCCUAAAUUCUUUCUAAGGCGAUUUUGAGUCGAUUCUAAGCCAAGGCUCGAAGCAAACACUAUUUCAAACUUACUCGAGUGGAUUAAAGCUUCCAUUAGCAAGUAACUCUCAUUCACCAUCUGCCUACACGAAGGUUGCGGAAAAUUUCUACUCCAACCAUAACAAAAAGGUAGUGUAUCCUGGGUAUGCUUAUAAGUUACUUCAAUGGCCAUAGAUAGUGGUAUGAAAGAACUGUCUCAGAAGUCCCACAGAUUUCGUCAAUCUGGUCCUUCUGCUAACAAAAAGGCAAAAUCUGACAAGAAGAAGCGUGGCGUUUCGGAUGAGAAAAAGCACAACCCCAAGGCAUUUGCUUUUAGUUCAACUGUGAAAGCCAAGCGUUUACAAUCACGUUCUACAGAGAAAGAGCAGCGUAGGCUUCAUGUCCCUACUAUCGAUCGCUCCACAGGAGAACCUGCUCCAUAUGUUGUUUUAGUACAUGGGCCUCCCAAGGUUGGGAAGUCUCUUCUCAUAAAGACCCUUGUGAAGCAUUACACUAAGCAUAAUCUAACAGAAGUUCGAGGCCCUAUUACUAUUGUGUCAGGUAAGCAAAGGCGGCUACAAUUUGUAGAGUGCCCAAAUGAUAUCAAUGGCAUGAUUGAUGCUGCAAAGUUUGCUGAUUUAGCAUUGCUUCUCAUUGAUGGUAGUUAUGGUUUUGAAAUGGAAACCUUCGAGUUUCUUAAUAUAUUGCAAGUUCAUGGAUUCCCAAAGAUCAUGGGAGUUCUUACACACUUGGAUAAGUUUAAGGAUGUAAAGAAACUUAGAAAAACAAAGCAGAGGCUCAAACAUCGAUUCUGGACUGAAAUAUAUGAUGGAGCAAAACUAUUCUAUUUAUCAGGUCUUAUUCAUGGGAAGUAUCCUAAACGUGAGGUUCACAAUCUUGCAAGGUUCAUCUCUGUUAUGAAAUUUCAUCCUUUGUCUUGGCGAGCUUCUCAUCCUUACAUCUUGGUAGAUCGAUUUGAAGAUGUUACACCUCCAGAAAGGGUGCAUAUGAAUAAUAAGUGUGAUAGAAAUGUCACUUUCUACGGGUAUCUGCGUGGCUGUAAUUUAAAAAAAGGAUCUAAGGUGCAUAUUGCUGGCGUGGGUGAUUACAGUUCAGCUGGCAUUACAAGCUUAGCAGAUCCUUGCCCUUUACCUUCGGCUGCCAAAAAGAAAGGACUGCGGGACAAGGAGAGGCUAUUUUAUGCGCCUAUGUCUGGACUUGGUGACCUGUUGUAUGACAAGGACGCUGUCUACAUAAACAUAAAUGACCAUUUCGUGCAGUUUUCUAAAGUUGAUGACAAUGAUGGAAAGACGAGAAAAGACCGUGACGUAGGGGAGGUUUUAGUGAAAUCGCUCCAGAACACCAAAUAUUCUAUUGAUGAGAAAUUAGAAAAAAGUUUUAUCACCCUUUUCAGCAAGAAGCCUAACAACUUAUCCGAAGAUUCAAAUGCUGAGAAGGGUGGUUAUGAUUUUGGUAAUCAGAUUGAUGGUGUAGAGCCUGUAAAGCACUAUCAAUCUGAGGAAGAAUAUAAAACGGAUGGGUCUGAUGAAGAAAGUGAGGAUAAGGAUCUAGAUGGUUUAGAAUCUUCAGAUGAAGAUGACACUCAUCCUAAGAAUCUAACAGUAAAACCUGCUGAUAAUGCUUCUGAUGAAGAAAAUGGCAGUGCAUCAACCCAGCGGCAUCCUUCUGAAAAAAACGUAAAGGAACAUCUUGAGCUUCAUGACGGAAGGAUGAGGAGAAAAGCUAUCUUCGAAAAUGUCAUUGAUCAUGAUGAUUUGGAGGAUUUAGACGAAGAUGGUGAUGAUGUUGAUGACAAAUCUUCUUCUGAUUCAGAUUUUUCGGUUGAGGAUGGGGAGGAUCAAGACGAAGAUGAGGAUGAGAUUGGAAAUGCUUCAAAAUGGAAGGAGUCAUUGGUAGAAAGGACUAUUUCCAGACAGAAUACUAAUCUUAUGCAACUUGUAUAUGGGAAAUCUGGAUCAGUCUCUACAAAUUCUAUCAAUGAAGUUCAGGGUAGUAGUGGGGAUGAAGAAAGUAGUGAUGAUGAAUUCUUUAAGCCAAAAGGAGAGAUAAAGAAGAAAUCCAGAGAUGGAAUGGAUGGGGAUGAUGUCAAUGCCGAGGACUGUUCUAAAUUUACAAAUCAUGCAAGUGUCAGAGACUGCAAAAACGAAAAGUUUAUUGAAAGUAUUCGUGAUCGUUUUGUAACUGGGGAUUGGUCCAAGGCUGCACGCAGAGGUCAAGAGGCUGAAGCUUCCAGUAAUGAUGAUGAUGAUGCUUUUGGUGAUUUUGAAGACUUAGAAACAGGUGAGAGGUAUGACAGCCACCAACGGGGUGGCGGCGGCGAUGAUGAUGUGAUCCCCAAAAAGGAUCAUGACUCAACAGUCGAAGAGCGGAGGCUAAAAAAGCUUGCUCUUCGUGCGAAAUUUGAUGCACAAUAUAAUGGGUCGGAAUCACCUGAUGAGGAUAUUGAUAACAAAAAGGGUUCCAAGUUUCAUCGUACUCAAGCUAAUGAAAGUGGAUUUUUUGAUAAGUUAAAAGAGGAGAUCGAACUUCGGAAACAAAUUAAUAUUGCGGAACUCAAUGAUCUUGAUGAGGACACUCGGGUAGAUAUAGAGGGCUACAGAACAGGGACUUAUCUAAGGUUGGAGGUUCAUGAUGUUCCUUUUGAGAUGGUUGACCAUUUUGAUCCCUGCCAUCCUGUUCUUGUUGGAGGAAUCGGACUUGGGGAGGAAAGUGUUGGAUAUAUGCAGGUCCGGUUGAAGCGGCAUAGAUGGCACAAAAAAGUUCUGAAGACUAGAGAUCCAAUAAUUGUUUCUAUUGGAUGGAGGCGCUACCAAACUACACCUGUUUAUGCCAUUGAGGACCAAAAUGGGCGCCAUCGCAUGCUCAAGUAUACUCCAGAGCACAUGCAUUGUCUUGCCAUGUUUUGGGGACCUCUUGCACCUCCAAACACCGGAGUAGUCGCUGUUCAAAGUUUAUCAAACAAUCAGGCAGCAUUUAGGAUAACAGCGACUGCAGUUGUACUGGAAUUUAACCAUGCAGCACGAAUAGUGAAGAAAAUCAAGCUAGUUGGUUACCCCUGCAAGAUCUUCAAGAAGACGGCGCUUAUCAAAGAUAUGUUUACUUCAGAUCUUGAAAUAGCCAGGUUUGAAGGUGCAGCCAUUCGAACAGUCAGUGGAAUUCGUGGGCAGGUUAAGAAGGCUGCAAAAGAGGAGAUCGGUAACCAACCAAAAAAGAAGGGAGGACAUCCUAAAGAAGGGAUUGCUAGGUGCACCUUUGAGGAUAGAAUACUGAUGAGUGACAUCGUUUUCUUGCGUGCAUGGACUCAAGUUGAAGUUCCUCACUUCUUCAACCCGUUGACAACUGCCUUGCAACCUCGUGAUCGGACCUGGCAAGGAAUGAAAACCGUAGCCGAAUUGAGGAGGGAACACGAUCUUCCCAUUCCCGUUAACAAGGAUUCACUCUACAAGCCAAUUGAAAGAAAGGUAAGGAAGUUCAACCCGUUGGUUAUUCCGAAGUCACUGCAGGCAGCUCUCCCCUUUGCCUCAAAACCCAAGGAUAUUCCCAGUCAUAGGCGGCCACUUCUUGAUGAUCGAAGGGCUGUAGUCAUGGAACCUCACGAGCGAAAGGUCCAUGCACUUGUUCAACACCUUCAGUUGAUUAGAAAUGAGAAGAUUAAGAAACGUAAGCUCAAGGAAGGCGAGAAGAGGAAAUUGCAUGAAGCAGAGAAGGCAAAGGAAGAGCAGGUUACAAAAAAGCGCAAGAGAGAAGAAAGGCAGGAAAGAUAUCGUCAGCAAGACAAACUGAAUAAGAAAAUUCGGAGAAACUCGGGGGCCUAGGGAAGUAAUACAGACCAUCACCUGCGGCAGCCACAUUUUAGUAGUAAUGGAUCAAAGUGUGAGCUUGUUAUGCCGCAGAAAUUUCUAUAGAUAUUAUUCCAAUCGGAGCCCCCACGUGUUAGUAUGACCGUCGUGUAUUUUUAUACUUUGGAUGUACCAGUGAGAUAUUUGCAUUAUUAGAGACUCAAAUACGAUGAGAUUGUGUAGUAUAUUGUCCAAAAAUUUGGACACAAUUUUGAUUUACUGGAAGCAAUAAAGAUUUUGGUGUGUGAUUGAAA